AUGGUUAAACCGGCAGGAGACGGUGUAGCGCUCCUCUAUACCGCAAUCGUCCUGUUAACCCUAAGUUGGGUCGUUUUCGUUCCACGAGUGAUAGUGCGAAUAUGGAGAAAAGCGCUGGGUCUGGAUGACUACUUGAUGUUAUGUGGUCUGCUUCUUUACUCUGUGACCGCUAGCCUGUGUAUCGUGUGUUCCUUUUUAGGCUCAGKUCAGCUAGCCGCUGCUUUGACACCUGCCAUUAUACAGAAAGGCACCAAGCUCUUCUUCAUUGCUGAGUUCUUCUAUGCUUCCGGUGCAGCAGUCAUUAAAUGCAGCAUCGCCGUCACUCUACUACGCAUUGCAGGCUCACGACCAGUUUUCACCUGGUCCAUCAUAGCCAUUAUGUUUGCUAGUGGUGCAGCUGCUAUCAUCUUCAUGGCUGGUGUUGCCAAUAUCUGUCACCCGAUCACAACCCUGUGGGGUGAGACUACAACUGGAUCAUGCAAUCUCAAACUCGACAGUGAUAUCAGUUUCUUCUUCUCCGCCAUUGAGAUUGUGACUGAUUUUGCUCUGGCGAUCCUGCCUGCGGUAUUGUUGUGGAAUAUUCAGAUGAAGAGGAAGGUCAAGUUUUCAGUUAGCAUCAUUCUCGGAAUGGCCGCCUUUGCAAGCUGCGCAACAAUCGUACGACUCCGCUAUCUCAGUCUCUACAGCAAUCCAGCCGAGUUCAUGUUCAGUACCGGCGCGAUUGGUCUUUGGUCUGUCAUCGAAGAAGGCAUUGGUAUUAUCGCCGGUUCUCUCCCUGCCCUUCGUCCACUCCUCUCCCUCCCAAUCUUCAGCCGUUCUUCCGCAGGCGAAAGCAACAGCACUCCGUACGCCCCUUACGCCAACAGCAACAACCAGAGACGAUCCAGGAGCGGACACCAUCCGUUGGGUUCAGGCGUCAAGAUGGAUACUCUUCAGCGACUCAACUCUGCCGAUGGUGAUGGCGACGGGGACGGGGGAAGCGAGAGGCAUAUUCUGAAGCAGACAGAGGUCGCAGUUACGUCCAAAGUACGAUCCACUACACCAGGCGCUUGGGAAAGAAGCCAGGUGUUGGGAUUUAAGACUCGAAACUAG